GUACACAUCCAGCUGUCACAGGGCAAACUCUGACCAAGCAGAGAAACCUUGAUUUCAUCCUGCAGUACUUCCCCCCUUGCCUGUGAGUUUCUCUGACAGUCCUCUCUAUGGGAGAGACUGGACUCCAAGAGACUGCAGAAGAAACUGAAAAUAGCCAAAACUGACAUACAGAGAGAGAUAGUUUCUUUAUAGGAUUUUACAUUAUAAAAGGAGAGUUUCAGAAUGCUUUGAAACAAAGUAAGAACGAAGUCUUGUUUCUAGCCAAGUAAGUUGGCAUCUUUGUAGGCAGAAGAUGUAGCACUGGUAAAUAUUUACUGCAGGAUUCUUAACCAAGGAAAACUCUGGCAUGUUCUUCGAGGAGUAAAUGUUUUACAUGUGAGGCGAGAUCUGCGUGGGCCUCUGUGUUCCUUCCAAGUGACUUCUGGAGACACUUUUAGAUGACUGGCUAAGACAAAAUGCCCUAGUGAUCCGCGAGCUGCAACCAGAUUGUCGGUACCAUGUCUAGCACACAAAGGAAAGACGACCCCAGCCACCUGCUCGCCAGUUUGGGCACACAUCAGCUGAAAGUGCAGAAGGACCAGCAACAGCGAGAAAAAUGUGUCAUUGCUCAACCAGUAUUUGUUUUUGAGAAAGGAGAACACACUUUCAAGAGACCUGCAGAAGACAGCCUGGACGAGACCGCAGAACGUGAAUUCAGUGGUUUCUCAAGGAAGCGUGUAAGGUCUUCAUCCGUCACGCUUCAUACUACAGAUUCUCAGUCUUCAGGAGUGGCAGCUUUGUCUCCGACACGCCUGAGGUCUUCAUCAUUCACUGAUGUCCCAACCUUCCCCCCCUCCUGGCCAGUGAGGAAAAACAAUGUUUUUAUGACAUUAAGUCGGGUGCAAAGGAAUAUUGACAUGAACAGCGUAGAGCAAGGUCCUGUGAGACCUGAGAAUAUUUUAAGACCUGCUAUUCUGCAGCCACCUCGAGCUCAAAGCUAUGAAAACAUAAGCAAAACAUUUGGGCACGGUGCAUUCAAAUCCUGCAAAAUUGAGGAAAAUGCCAAGCACAAGAUAUCUGAGUCGAACUCUAGUUUGCUAAGUGAAAAUUUACCACAUGCCAGAAGUUCAGUCCAGCUGUCUGCUGAGCUACACACCUCAGAGGCAACAUCAGGAUGCCAACCAAAGGAAGAUAAAUGUUCUUUCAAAAGCUGCAGUUCUGAUUUCGUUUUUGGAGAAAACAUGGUAGAAAGAGUUUUGGGCACUCAAAAGUUCACCCAGCCUCCACUUCAAAACCAUUCCUAUGCCAAGGAAGAAACAUUCAGAUCUGUUCUGAAAUUUCCUGAUGCCGCUUCAGCUCCAAACUCUAUUAAAAAUAUAUCCCUAAUUGAAUCAGCUGCUGCUUUUUCUUCCAAACCAUCACAAAAAUGCUUGCUUGAGAAAAUUGAUGUUGUAACAGGAGAAGAAAUGGAACAUAAUGUGUUAAAGAUCAACUGCAAGAUCUUUGUAUUCACCAAAAUAACCCAAUCCUGGACUGAAAGAGGCAGAGGACUUUUGAGACUGAAUGACAUAGCAAGCGGUGACUGUGGAACACUACAGUCAAGACUAAUCAUGCGUAACCAAGGUAGUCUGAGGCUCAUCCUCAACAGCAGACUCUGGACUCAGAUGAAGAUUCAGAGAGCAAAUCACAAACAUUUGCAGAUAACUGCGACCGAUUUAGAAGACGAUGGUAUAAAAGUGUUUUUAAUUCAGGCUAGUGCCAAAGACAUAGGCUAUCUGUAUGCCGCAAUACAUCACCGUCUUGUUGCCCUUCGAAGCUCCAGGAAGCAGGCCAAUGGUGAUCCAGCAGAAAGCCAGUCAGACACAGUCCUCCAGCAGUUCAGCUGUGAUGAGGAUGAGGAUGACCUCAUACAAGUCACUAAAAAUGGAUCAGUUCCAGAGGGAGAAUCCAUAAUGGAGCAGAAGGGAGCCCGAGCAGUGAGCUGAGAGAUACUUCUCCAACCAUGUGCAGAAAGAAAGCUGAGUGAACCGGAAGUGGGAUCAGGCUAUCAACUCUCAAGGCCCAGCCCGGUGACCAACUUCCUGAAGGUUCUCAAACCUGUCCUAGUGCCACCAAUCAGACACUAAGUGUUCAAAUACUUGAACCUAUUGGGUACAUCACUCAUUCAAAACACCACACACAUCCACCAUUACCAAACCAAGGGGGCCUUCAUCACCAGCAAAAAAUUAUCUAUCCAAGUACUAGAAUAUAUGUAUCUUAUAAAGCGGGGUAUUAAGCUUUUAAAGAGUCACAUGUUGUAGAUUGGAAAGAGCAUAUCUUAAGACAUCUGGAGAUCUCCAAACUGAAGAUAUCAGUGGCAGACAAUGAUUUCAUAAAAUGAUAGGGACAACAGUAUUUGCUUAAGACUUGGCUACCAUGCAGUUGCUUGGAUCAUUCAUUAGAAACCCACAGCUGGGUGUGACAGCAUUUGUCUUUAAUUCCAGCAAUCAGGAGGCAGAGGUAGGUGGAUCUCUGUGAGCUCCAGGCCAACCUGGUCUACAAAGCAAGUCCCAGAACAGCCAGGGCUGUUAUACAGAGAAACCCUGUCUCGAAAAACCAAAACCAAGCUCCCCACUCCCCACCCCACAAAAAAGAAAGCUAAAUUGGCUUUGCCAUACUAAACCAGUUUGAAAUUCAGUAACUUUACCAUUUUCUUUUUUUCUGAGAAUAUGUGAAACUGAUACCCUGUCCAAUGAAUACCAGGAGCUUUGUGUUAGUACAUACCUCCCAUACAUACUCUACUAUACUGCUUUGUUUCUGUUCUGUCAGACUUGUGGUUAUCAAAGUGAAACAUGUGAACAUAUUAGAACUUCUAUUCUAAGACAGUAAACUGUAGUAGUGGUAAAAUUAUCAAAAUGACUGAUGAAUGAUUUAGCCUAAUGAGGCCUUGAUGGUUUGACAGUCUUCUAACUAGAAUGUUUCUAGGACUUAAUUUUUACCUAUCUAUUGGGAAAAAAUUCACUUUGACCUUAAUUUGUAUCUUUCUGAUUUUUAAUAUGUCUGAACAUCUCUUCGGGGGUUUAUUUACUGCAUGUGGAUUUUUUUUGAGAAAAUUUUAAUGAUUUUGCAAAGCUAACUAUGACAUUUUGUUCUUUUGUCUCUUUCUAAUAUGUAUAGUACAAAAGCCACAUUGCUUAGCCUGGAUAGAAUACUUUGCUCUGUCUGAAUCUGUUGUAUUACCUCCCAGAGUAGUCUACUGCUCACAGAUCACUAGGAAUUCAGAAUUGCUGCUUCAUUGGGUCUUUAUAUAUUUGUUCAUGCUAUUUCUUUUGCAGAAUUCCCUUCUAAUUCUUGAUAACACUAAUGUUUUACUGUGUGCUAGUUCAAGAUAUUUCCAGGAUAUCUUAUGCUGAAUUAAAACCUGCUCCUUUGAAUUCUUAGAAAUACUCUGUAGAAUUCUACCAUUGUAUAAUCUUUCUAAAGAACAAAUACUCCUUAUCAUUUGAUUUCCAGCACCUGGUAGGGUGUUCUAUUCAAAUAUAACUUAGUGUCCACUGAUAGAUGUUGUAUAUUUGAACUGAAGAGACGUCCUAUAGUAAGCUACAAAUAAGGAUUUGAAGUUCAGGAGAAUGCUAUGGGCUAAAGAUGCUGAUAACAGCUGAAGUCAUGUAAGGCAAAGCGGGCUAAUAUUUGAAGGGUCUAAUUUACAGUGGACACAGGGUUAGGCAUUUACUCAUUCAUGCAAACUCUACAAGGUAGCUACUGUUUCAUAGAUGAAGAAAUAGCCUCAGAAAGGUUAAACAACCAGUCCAAGGUUCACAAAGCAAAAUACACAUCAAAGCUGGGACUUGAACCAGUCUUCGAAGGCCCACACUCUUCCUUACACAGCAGCAGGUGCACUCGCCCAGGGGAACGGAGUGGGGGAGAGAGAGGAAGAUGGCUACAAGAGUCAAUGGUAGUAGCUACCCCGCAGAGAAGGGUCUAGGGAGAAACGGAGAGGGGGAACUCAGAGGUGGAAGAAGCGCCAGUAGGGGCUGGUGUGCUAAGAACCAACAGCCAAGUAUUUCAGAACGAACUGAGCCCAUUCAGUGCUUCACAUAACCAAGCGAUUUAAGGACUAAAUGGUAUCUUCUGAGUUUCAAUCUGGUCGUUUGGUAACUUUGGAAAUAAGAAUAGUGAAGAAGGCACAGAGAGAUGAUAAAAGGUUGGGAAUAUUGUAAGCCAACUAAGCCCCGCCCCCACCAAAACCAGGUUGGCAGCAUGAAUGCACCCAUGACUGAUUAGAAUCUCUAUGCAAGGGGAAAGAGGGAACAAGUAAACCACGGGGGUUUGGAAGGUCCUUUCACUCUUUAAAGUUUUAAAUGUCAUAGACAUGGGAAUGCUUGAGAACUUCAGUGGAAAAUCCCUCAGGGAGAGAGAGUUCCAGAUCCGACCAAGAAGAUGGCUUACUGAAGCGAUGCUUUGGGAGAGGCAGACCAAAGGAUCCAGAGUUAGGUUUGACAGGGAUAUCCCGUUGACAAGUUUCCGGCCAAGGACUUCAGAGGCAGGUGCCACAUCCUAGGAUGUGCAGUCUUAUGACUUUUCCUUCAGAAUAACCUUCCCUUCUAAUCACAGUAUUUUUACAUCAGCCUAGAUCUCUAUGCUUGUGUAACUGUCCCCACAGACUCCGACAGUCUCCAGGCCCUGGCUUCUGAGACUACUCAACAUUCCAAAGCCAGAUCAAUAAUCAUCAAACAGUGCUUUGAACUUGCUUCUUUGUGGGCCGCCAACAGGAUAAAGGGCAAAGUGCGAACGGUUAACUCUUCGGUCUGGCCCUACCCAGUGUUCCAACCUUAUCUUCUUCCAGUCUACAGGAGCAGGCACCACUAGGCAAGACAAGGACUUCCCUCUUUAUCCUCGACGUUUCUCACUGACAGCACUGACUCUCUAGGCUGGUGGUCUUUGGCGGUCAGAAGGACGAGGGCCUUAGAUCUCUGAGCUCGUGUUAAUGCUCUAUGGUCCUUCUCGCCAUCUGUAAUUCCUCUCUAAUAAAGGGCUCGAUAUCGUCAUUUGGCUUUAGGCCCCGCAAACUACACUGUCCGGUGCAAGGUCAGUGUCCUCAGCUCUUACCGCCGCUAGCCAGCAGACACUGGUUAAAGUUCACCCAAGACAAGCUCGGGACCAGAAAGCUAGGCAAUCCUGAAAAAGCACCGAGGUGAA